ACUAAAAAAUAAACAAUCUUCAAAACUUGUUAACUAUUUAAAUUAUAUUCGUUUUAGAGUAAUUAUUUGUCGUUAGCUCGCUGUACUGGCAGCGAAUGUUUAAUUGUUAUACAUGGCAUUCUGGCUACAAUUGAGAGUUUUAAUAUGGAAAAACCUUCUAUACCGAAGAAGACAAAAGACAAGAUUUUGUGUAGAAAUGAUAUGGCCCUUGUUCAUGUUUUUUGUUUUGGCAUGGAUACGAAGAUCUGGAUUGAAAGUCUCAUAUGAUCAUUGUCAUUUAACCACUAAACCCCUUUUGACUGCGGGCCUCAUGCCCUUUAUUCAUGGGUUUUUCUGUGCAUUUAACAACACAUGUUUCUCGACUAAAGAGGAAGCCGUUGCCAAGUUGGGGAAGCUUUUUGAACCGAACGGGUUUGCAUCAUUUCACGCUGGGUUAACGGAGCUCAUAGCUAAAUCAAAGAACAAAGAAAGGCAGAGAGUGUAUGAAUUACAGACCACCCUAACAAAUGUUUCCGAAUACGUUACACAAGCGUUGCAUAUUUUAGAGAGAAAUGCUGGCAUCAAAGAAUACACUUUGGUUUCAAAAGACAGAUAUAUACUGAAGAAGAAUUUGGACUUUGCUGUCAAUGGUUACCAAAAUAUUUCUGGAUACAUAAAACUAUUUGAUACAAAUGGCGAUGAUAGAGCUAAAAAGAAGGAUCAACUGCUGUGGAUGAAGGAUAUAAUAUUUUUAUUAAAAGAAUAUUUGUGUAAUGACACCACUAAAAAUGAUUUAUUAGCUGAUGAUUUGGAUAAUGAGAAUUAUGAGUCCUACGGUGAUGACCUUCUUCAAUUUGCAAUAAAUAGGGAAAAUUUACCAGAAGAGUCGAUGUUUAAUGAAAAGUGUGUAUCAAUUAUUCAGACUAUUGAGUCUCAUGCACGAUUGAAAUUGAUUUGGAGGGUCGUUAAACCAUUUUUUGUAGGGAAAAUUAUUUAUACUCCUGUUACUAAUGUUACUGAGAGUAUAAUGAUAAGAGUCAAUAAGUUCUUCGAAUCAAUUAGAAUACUUCAACAAUUAAAGAUGCCCAUUGAUCCAGGAAAAUCGGGCUCUUUCAACCUCAAAGUCGAUCACAUUUUAAAAUUACAGGAGCAUUUAAAUUCAUCAAUAUUAGAGGAUAUGCUCAGCAGUGAAUCCAUCAAUGAAUAUCGACAAACAAUGGAAAAAUUCCUCAAACUUUUUGAUAAAUAUGAUUCAGAUGAAGAUGUUAUUAGUAAACUAAUUAACAUGCAAGAAUUUGACAUUCAGCCUAACGACGUUUUAAAAUGCUUAGAAGGGAAAAAAGUUGUCGGAUUUCAAGAUUAUAAAGAAGCUGAGAGUGUAGCGGCUGAACUCGGUGCGAGAAAUCGAUUGUGGGGUUUCGUUCAUUUUUCAAAUGCUGGCGAAACGAAAAUCAACACUUUUGUGAACUACACGAUUAGAGUUAAUGCGGAGAGGACUGAUGACACAUACUACAUAGUUGAUAAAGUAAUGAGAUGGACUCCUCGAACAAGACCACACGAGACUAAAUAUAUUUCAAACGGAUUUAUUUAUCUCCAAGACAUUAUAGACCACAGUAUUAUUCAAGAAAUGACAGGAAUAGAAGACAUUCCAGGGAAUGUGCUUCAAUUUGUCCCUUAUCCUUGUCACACUUAUGAUUCGUUUAUCACAGCGAUAUCAGCAACUUUUCCUUUUUUUAUGGUGAUGUCCUGGAUCUAUACAUGUUCUAUGAUAGUCAAAUCGAUCGUCUAUGAGAAAGAACAGCGACUGAAAGAAACAAUGAGAGUUAUGGGCUUGGGAAAUGAAAUCCAUUGGAUCGGGUGGUUUAUUGAUAGUUUAUUACCAAUGAUGUUCACCGUAUUAAUGCUUUCGUGUAUUCUUACCUUUGGAGGAGUAAUGGAGUUGAGCAGUUUUGCAAUUGUAUUUCUUUUUUUAACAAGCUAUACUUUGGCGUGUAUCGCUUUCUCAUUUUUCCUCACUAUAUUUUUUUCGAGAGCGAAUGUUGCUGCUGCCUCAGCUGGUAUAAUAUUUUUCUUCUUAUAUCUACCAUAUCCGUUUAUGGUCAGAUGGAUGGACCACCUCAACAUAUAUCAUAAACUUGCUGGUUCGCUUUCCAUGAACGUCGCUCUUGGACUAGGUGCUUCUUAUAUAGCAAUGUUUGAAGAAGCAGGUGUUGGGCUCCAGUGGGGCAAUAUCGGUUCGAGCCCUCGAUAUGCUGAUAAUUAUAGCAUGCUUAUUGUUAUAUACACGUUGCUUUUCGAUUUUGCUCUUUUCCUUAUACUUACUUGGUACGUAGAAGCCAUUAUGCCAGGUAAAUAUGGUAUUCCCAAGCCCUGGUAUUUCCCAUUUAAGAUGGAAUAUUGGUCAAGUACUACACACCAAUCACCAAGUAGAAUAUUGAGAGAUACCUCAAGCCGACCUAUAUCAGAUAUAGGGCUAAGCGAGAACAACUUUGAAGAAGAACCAGCAGAUCUAGAGGCUGGAGUAGUAAUUGACAAUUUGACAAAGACGUACAGCAACGGAAAGACUGCUGUACGCAAGCUCACAAUAAAUUUUUAUGAAGGUCAAAUAACUUCUCUGUUGGGGCACAAUGGGGCUGGAAAGACUACGACGAUAUCAAUUCUUACUGGUAUAUACAGACCUACUUCUGGUGAUGCUUAUGUGAACGGCUACAGCAUUAAACGUGAUAUGGACAAGGUUAGAACCAACCUUGGGAUGUGUCCGCAAUUCAAUGUUUUAUUUGACAAGCUUACUGUACAAGAGCAUCUAUUGUUUUAUGGUAAACUUCGUGGAGGGGAUAAAGGCGGUCUUCAAAAAGAAAUUGCACAGAUGCUACUGGAUUUACAGUUGGAAAAGAAAAGUGCAGCGUUCCCAAAUGACUUAUCCGGAGGGAUGCAAAGGAAACUCUCAAUUGCAGUUGCUUACAUUGGUGGAGCAAAGACGGUGAUUCUGGAUGAACCGACUUCAGGUGUUGAUCCAUAUUCAAGAAGAUCAAUCUGGGAAUUGCUUAUUAAGUAUAAAAAAGACAGAACUGUGAUUCUUACAACCCACUACAUGGAUGAAGCAGACCUGUUAAGCGACAGGGUUGCUAUUGUCGCUCAAGGGAAGGUCAGGUGUGCAGGAUCCGUUGCUUUCCUUAAAGAGAGAUUUGGUAAGGGUUAUGAGAUCACACUUGAAAUUGCGCCUAUGGAAAAAGAUCCCGAACCAGCCUCGGCACAAUAUACAAUAUCAGCCCCGUUGAGAAAAAUUGAUGUUGAAGGAGUAACAGCUGCAAUAAGAAAAAUAAUACCGGAAGCAAAACUUGAAGAUCAUAAAGGCUCAGAAGUCAAGUAUACACUUCCAGAAAGAAAUUCUUCUCAGAUUGCGAGGCUCUGUGACCACUUGGAUGCUAAUGAAGGACAGCUGAAAAUUGCAUCUUACGGGAUCACAGACUGUUCAUUGGAGGAUAUAUUUUUAACUGUCACUGGUGAAGGUGAUCAGAAGAAAUCCAAAUAUCCAGCCAGUGAAAGUUCAGGUGCAUUUUUUUCCAACUUAGCCAAAGCACUGAGCAAACAGAGGAAUUCAAAUGACAGUGGAGCAUCACAGACAAGCACAGAACCACAAAAAGAUAGGAUGAGCAAAAUAGUCAAAUGUUUGAGACAGUUCAAAGCUUUAACGUUCAAGCGUUUUAAUAAUGUUAAAAGAAACAGGAAGGCAAUUUUAUCUGAGUGGAUCUCACCUUCACUUAUUAUCCUUUUUGCUAUGGUAGUAAUGAAGUUGUUUCCUCCUCUACAAGAAAGGCCAUCAAGGAUUCUUGUAUUUAGCGACUAUGACCCUCCCAGGUAUUUAUUUCAAUCAGAAGGUGAGACAAAUGAACUCACGAAAAAACUUCUGAUGCAGCUUUCAUCAGAUACAGGAUUUGGUCAUAGUUGUGUUCGUACUGAAGUUAAAAUAAGGGAUGUCUCAUGCACUCAUGCAAAGAACCACAUUGAAAAUAGACUAGUAACACCAAAAAAUUGUAGUUGUUCAACUGGAAGUCAAAUAUGUGAUGAACACGAAACACCUCUUCCUGCUCACAUUAAGACAUCUUCAGCAGAAUUAGUGAUUGAUUUAAAUAACGUAGAUAUCCCUCAUUGGCUAAUACACACAUAUCCUAAAUAUAGAUUGAAAAGAUUGGGAGGAGUAGAGAUGAAUGUAAGUUCUGAGAUUCCAAACCUUGAUCUCGAGGGUAAAAUACAAGACAUGAAUAACAAUAACAAUAAAUUCAAAGGAGAUUUAGGGUUGAAACCAUGGUUCCAGUUAUUAAAAAUAUGGUUUAACAACAAAGAUUGGCAUUCUUCAGUUACGAUGUUAAAUUAUGUUAACAAUGGUUUACUGAGGGCUUUGAUAAAAGACAAGCCUGGUAAAUAUGGAAUUAUGACAGUUAACCAUCCGAUGAAUUUUACAGCCAAAGAGCGUGAAUUGGAAAUAGUAAAACAAAGCAGUAGGUCUAUUUUAACUACAAUUGCUGUUAUAUUUGCAAUGAGCUUUGUACCAGCUUCGUUUACACUGUUUUUGAUAGAAGAGAGAGUUAGCAAUUCUAAACACCUUCAGCUAUCAUCAGGUGUUAGUCGUUUCAUAUACUGGUCUCAGACAUUCAUAUGGGAUAUGUUGUGCUUCAUAAUUUCUGCAUUUUUAUGCAUUUUGCUGUUUUUUGCAUUUAAUUAUCAAGAGUUUGUAUCGAGAGCACAUUUACCAGGAAUAAUUCUGCUUCUAUUACUCUAUGGAUGGGCUGUAAUACCACUCAUGUACACCGGAAGCUUUCUAUUUGAGAUUCCAGCUUCUGCUUUUGUAGCAUUAUCAUGUUGUAAUGUUUUCAUAGGUGUAGUUACAACAAUUGUUCCUUUCAUUCUGGAUUCAUUUAAAAAUGAUAAGAACAUAGGAAGAACAAAUAAUCUAUUGAAGAACAUAUUUUUAAUAUUUCCCCAAUUUUGCUUGGGUGAUGGCUUAACCAAGCUAUCGCAUAAUCAUAACCAGGCUGCACUUCGGGAAUUUUACGAUAUUGCAAAGGAUGUAUCUAUUUUUGAUUGGGAUUUCCUCUUUGUUAAUUACCUCAUGUUGCUCUUCUUGGGUGUCGUUUUCUUUAUAUUAACUCUCUGUCUGGAAUAUGAUAUAUUUAGAACUCAUUUACUUGAUCUGUUCUUUACCUUUAGAAAACCUCAAACUAAACCUCUAGACCUGGAUGAAGAUGUGCUCAAGGAGCAAGAAAGAGUAAAAGAUCAUUACUGUAAGGAUUUGGUUAUUAUAAGAGACCUCUAUAAGAAAUACAAACGGAAGAAGCAGCCAUCUGUUAGGGGAGUAAGUUUGGGAUUAAAGAGUGGUGAAUGUUUUGGAUUGCUGGGUAUAAAUGGGGCUGGCAAGACUACCACUUUUAAGAUGCUUACCGGCGAGUUAAAACCAUCUAGUGGCGAUGCUUUUAUUAAAGGAUACAGUGUAACUACAAAUAUUGACAAGGCACGGACUGUUAUGGGUUACUGCCCACAAUUUGAUGCUCUGCAUCCCCUUUUGACAGUAAAAGAAACAUUACAGCUGUAUGCAGAAAUUAGAAAUAUACCAAGUGCUAUGGUUCCUCAGACCGUUGAUGAAAUGAUCAACGAAUUGGGACUGUCACAAUUUGUUCACAAACUAGCGGGUGAUUUGUCUGGUGGGAAUAAAAGGAAAUUGUCAACCGCAAUUGCACUUAUCGGGAUGCCUCCUGUUGUCUUUUUGGAUGAACCGACAACUGGGAUGGAUCCAAAAAGCAGAAGGUUUCUGUGGUCGUGUAUUGAAGAGUUGAUAAAAAGUGGCACUUGUGUCAUUCUGACUUCACACAGUAUGGAAGAAUGCCAAGCGUUAUGCACAAAAUUGACCAUCAUGGUCAAUGGACAGUUUCAAUGUUUAGGAUCAGCCCAGCAUUUAAAGAAAAAAUAUGGAAAAGGAUAUCAAAUUAUCAUAAGAUUUCCAUUGGAAAAAAGAGAUGAACUAAAGAAAUAUGUUGCCUUCCAAUUACCGACUUCGGUUGUCGAUGAAGAGCAUUUGAACCAGAUUCGUUACCAUGUUACAAACAUAAAAGUUUCAAAGUUAUUUAUUGAAAUGGAGUAUGCUAAAAAUCGUGGUUUGAUUAAGGACUUUUCUGUAUCCCAAACCACUUUAGAAGAGGUCUUCAUGGCUUUUGCCAGACAACAAGAACAAGAGGAAGCAAUUAAACACAAAGAGUUGUGGUGUUUGAAAUUAUGGAAAUAUUUGUGUUGUAAAAAGAAAAAAGAAAUAAAAAUGACCGCACCAUCCAAAGAACUGCCUGGAACAGAACCAAAUGACAAAUCUAAAGAACGAAAAUCUGGAGAUAACAAGUUGGAUUCAGUGGAAACAAUAAAAUCUGUAAAAUCAGUAAAAUCUGUAGCCACAAAUGCAUCACAACAUUCAUCGCAUAAUUUAGAACCAACUGAAUCUGCUGGAAAACUCAAACUCAAAGAAACGAAAUCUAAAGAAAUUAACUAAAUUUAGACAGUUUUAUCAACAAAAACAUGAUAACAUUAUAAUUUUUUUGCUU